AUGCAUCAGAACCGCGCAGCUUGGAUUGUCGCUGUAAAGGCUAAGCCUUUCCGCGUCGAUACCGCCCCUAUGUACAAGCCCGGUCGUGGGGAAGUAUUGAUUCCGAAUCAUGCAGUCGCUGUAAACCCCGUGGACUGGAAAAUACAGGAGUCUGGUCGCUAUCUCAAUUCUUACCCAUUUAUACUGGGUAGAGACGCCGCGGGAAUCAUCGAGGAUGUCGGUGAAGGAGUAGUCAGACUCCACAAGGGACAACGCGUCAUUGCGCAUCUACAUAGCCCAAACUCAGGGAACUAUGCGCACGCCGCCUAUCAAUUCUACUCCUUAGCCAUUGAGGGACUUACGGCGAGUAUUCCCGCAGAUAUCAGCUUUGAGCAGGCUGUGGUUUUGCCUCUUGCUAUAUCUACUGCUACAGCAGGCCUUUACCUCCCCGAGUACCUUGGCCUGCCAUUGCCUUCCCUUAAUCCAGGAUCAUCAGGGAAGACACUCUUGAUAUGGGGUGGAGCUUCGUCAGUGGGUGCGACGGCCAUUCAAUUGGCUAUUGCGUCCGGACUCCAAGUUAUUGACACUGCGUCUUCUUCGAACUCUGGUUUUGUGACUUCGUUGGGAGCCGAGGUCUUUGACAGACAAUCCAUUCUCCCCCAUAGUAUCGCGUAG